AAUACCUGUGCCGAAUUAUUGGAACUAGAAUGUAAUAAACAAUAAUAAAUUACAUAACUAUGGAUUUACAUUGAAAGUUUUUGUCGGGUUUCCGGUGUUUGUUUUCGUUUUUUCAAACCGGGAAGGGUAAAUCUACCCCCAGGGUGUGUUGCCAACUUAGCAAACUGGAACUCUGUUUAGAAAUCGAUAAAUAUGCUGGAAUUAUUUUGUCGAUUAUGUAACUUAAGGCCAAAGAGAGUUCUAAAUUAGACUAUUGCGUUUUAUGCAAGCCGUGAAUGAAGUAAAUAAAGUUCGUUAGCUUUUGCCAAAUUUGGGGCAUUUCGUUGUGUUGUUUCCCACUAGUUGUGCAGGUUGUGCACGUUGUGUUUUAGGUCCUGUUUUCCAGCUGAUUUAUUUUAUGUUUGUUGAUUGUGAAUUGAUAUAAUUGGAAUUAUGACGGAAAACAUCGAAAUUCGGACUAUUGUGGGUAACAGGAAUUUAAAUACGGUUUCAGAUAGCCCUGUUACCGAUCCAGCAUCUGGGGCAAAGGGAUUGGAAGGAACUAAUGCCUUUGUCAGCCAAAGAUCUAAGUUGGACCCCAAAUCUUCUGGUGCUUUAAAAAAAUCGAGCAGAUAUCGCAGCCGAUCAUUAUCUGCCUCAUCAACCGAUUCCUACAGCUCUACCUCUUGUACAGGCAGUAGUUCCGACGAUGAUGACGUUUCUCCGCGCGAAAAAAUCCAGAAAAACACAGCGGGAAACUCCGAUUUUUGCGUUCGUAAUAUAAACCAACACGCUUUUGGCCGGCGUGAAAUUGAAAUCGCGGAACAAGAAAUGCCGGGGAUUAUGGCUCUGAGAAAGCGUGCAACUGACGAUAAACCUCUCAAAAACGCCAAAAUCGUGGGCUGCACUCACAUCAAUGCCCAAACGGCUGUUCUAAUAGAAACCCUAGUUGCACUCGGGGCCAACGUUAGAUGGGCUGCUUGCAAUAUUUACUCGACACAAAAUGAGGUAGCUGCGGCCUUGGCUGAAGCCGGGUUUUCGGUAUUCGCGUGGCGAGGCGAAACCGAGGAGGACUUUUGGUGGUGUAUAGACAAAUGUGUCAACGCCGAAAAUUGGCACCCUAACAUGAUUCUGGAUGAUGGUGGCGACGCCACGCAUCUUAUGCUAAAAAAGUACCCCGCUAUGUUUAAAAUGAUCAAAGGCAUCGUUGAAGAGAGCGUCACCGGGGUCCACCGCUUGUACCAAUUGUCCAAAGCCGGGAAAUUAACCGUACCGGCAAUGAACGUCAACGAUUCGGUCACUAAAACUAAAUAUGACAAUCUGUACAGCUGUCGAGAGUCGAUAAUCGACAGCUUGAAGCGUUCGACCGACGUCAUGUUUGGGGGCAAACAGGUGGUGAUUUGUGGGUAUGGCGAGGUCGGGAAGGGUUGUUCCCAAGCAUUGAAGGGUCUCGGUUGUGUCGUUUACGUCACCGAGAUUGAUCCAAUUUGUGCCCUUCAAGCUAGUAUGGACGGAUAUCGCGUCGUAAAGCUAAACGAAGUCAUUCGCAAUGUAGAUAUAGUGAUAACGGCAACAGGGAACAAAAACGUUGUAACGCGUGAGCAUAUGGACAAAAUGAAAAACGGCUGCAUUGUCUGUAACAUGGGUCAUUCCAACACUGAGAUUGAUGUUAAUAGUUUGAGAGCGCCUGAUUUGACUUGGGAAAAAGUUCGUUCACAGGUAGACCAUGUUAUAUGGCCUGAUGGUAAAAGAAUUAUUCUUUUAGCAGAAGGAAGAUUAGUUAAUUUAAGUUGUUCAAGUUUGCCAUCUUUUGUUGUUUCUAUAACAUCAGCAACUCAAGCUCUUGCUUUGAUUGAGCUUUUCAACGCCCCGGCAGGGCGUUACAAAUCUGACGUUUAUCUUUUACCGAAAAAAAUGGAUGAAUACGUAGCGAGCUUACAUUUACCGACUUUUGAUGCCCACUUGACUGAAUUGACGGACGAACAGGCUAAAUAUAUGGGCCUAAAUAAAGCUGGGCCUUUCAAGCCUAACUAUUAUAGGUAUUAAAAAUAUAAAGUUUUAUCCAUAAUAAACGGGGUGAAGGAAUAAAGGAACACGGUAGCAUUAAGUCAAUGUUAGUUGUUGCCAGAUAGUUUAGCUAAUAAUAAAUGCAGGAUUCGUUUUAUAAAGUACAGGUUCUUAGAAUUGUUGAUCAUUUUAAUGGUUGCUCAAACAAUUCGUGUUUCAUAAAUUUACUGAAUCAAAAGUAUUACUUAACACAAACAGUAUUUUUUCGCUAUAGUUUUUAUCCACAUAUCUCAGACGUUUAUGAAACAUUAAUUGUGAAUAAGUUACAUUGUUUUAACUGUUGAUUCAUGGCUAAGGCAUCUGAUUUUAUUUAAUUUUAAUAAAGAUUGACGCAACGUUAAAACGCCUUCCCAUGAAUUAAAAGAUUUUAUGAAAAUACAUUACUUACAUGUAAAAUUGCUCCUGAUUUGUGCUUUUUACAGUUUGAAACUGCGUUUCACUAAUAUACAAAACUCGUGCAUAUGUAAUCACUUCAGCAGGUCUAAUAUAUCAUGUUUUAGUUGGAUUAAGUUACUUACUUGACUCAUUUAGAUUUUAUUAAUGAAUUAAUUGUAAGUGAAUUUGCGACGAGUUCAAUGGUUUGUUUAUUAAUCUCAUCCCAAACACUAGUCCAGUUGAAUUAAUACGCUUUUUUAUUAGUAGUGCCAACAUCCACUAGCACAUAGUAAAAAUAAUUUAUAUGCAACCAGUUUGUUUAGCCGUUUUGACGUUAGUGAUUUUGGAAAGUAUUAUUUUAUAAUGAGGAUUUUUUACGAUCCUCCACAUUUUAAAUUAUUAUUGUUAUUGUCAAUAUUACGACAAAUUGUUACAAGUUAAUUGCUCUACUUGAAGAAAUUACUGAAGCAAUUAUACUCACAAUAACUUGCCUUUUUCAACUUACAGCAGAGCAAUCAACAACUCUUGUUAAUAGACCGGAAUUGUCAUUCUGUUUUUGAAGGCUGUAUUAAAAGUAUUCAUUUGUUGUUUUUUUUUUGA